AUGUCGACCGGUCGGGAUCUGCUCCCCGACAUCCUCUCCAUGCUGACCAAGAUCCACGCCGGCCUGCAGCAGCAACGCCAGACGGGCCCAGACGACGGCCAGCCGCUGGCGGAUCUCUUGCCACAGAUGGACAGCGCGACCCUCGGGAAGCUCACGGCGGUCUCCGACGCCGCCGCCGUUCCCGAGCAACAAACGGCGCAGCCCGACGCGGCGCGCUCCGUUUCGGUCCCGGACACCCAGGUUGACGACUGGUCCCGCUCCCAACGCGGCCGCGAAGGGUCGGAGACGAGCAACAAGGCCGGCGGGUCGCAGGUCAGGGCGCGCGCGCAGGGCAAGCGUCACCUCACCGUGCCCUCCUCGUCGACUGUCGAGGACGAGAGCAGCGACGAAGACGCGGACGCCCCCGUGGUCAACAACAACACCAGCGCGGGCGCCCAUGGUCGCUCAGUCGAACGUCAGCACCUCGCCGCACCGGCUCCGCGUCGACCGGCUGACGGGCCGCGCGGUCCCCUCACGUCCUCCUCGUCCGGCGACGACGGCGCCCUCUCAAGCGUCCCUCUGCGUCCGCCAGCGACCCCUGCGCCGCCGGUGCCCGACAGGCUGCGCCGGCCCGCCGACCGCGACGCCUGCCCCGAGAAGCUCAUUCUCUGGCCGGCCGCGGUGCCUGAGUCUCAGCGCCAGGGCGAGUACUUUCCCAGGACGGUGCUCGCCCACGUUUGCGGCGCCCCCGCGCAGGCAUCCUCGCUGGGCGCCGAGGGCAACGCCAAACUCGCCCUGCUCGCGUUCCACUGCACGAACGCGGACGCUGCGCUCGCCCUGCUCGGCUGCGAGAAGUGCCCGGCGCUCGUCAGCGCGGCCCGCUCGGCGCUGGCAACGCGGCAGCGCACGCACCUGGAGCUCGCGUUGGAGGCCGCCGUUGACGUCGGAUCGGUCUUCGCUCCCCCGAGCGCGUCCAAGACGAUAACGAAGCUGACUCACUCGGUGAACGACCUGCGGGCUCGUCUGGACCGCAACCUGCGUGCAAGCGCCCUGGAAUUCACCGUCGCGGUCCCCAACCACGUCCCCGCCGGCCACAGCCGCCACGAUCCGCCCCCCGCCACAGACGCGAACGCCGCAGCACCCCGCAGGGCCUUUCGGCGGUGCUCCGUGGGGAUCCGGAAGAGCGAGCUGUGUCCCACAGCGGAUCUCGAGUCCGUGGUGACCUUCAAGAAGCUCGUUCUGGACGCAAAAGGCCCCGGGGGACUGAAUCUUGGUGUCGGGUCGCUGCUGAGGUGCAUCGCCAAGGCGUGGCUGUCGGGGCUGCGCAGGCAGAGCCUCCUGGUCGUCGGCGGGGACGGGGAGCUGCGGGUGACGCCGGCGGUGCUGGCGGGCCUGCUGUACGAGGCAGAAGAGAUGUGCACUCCUCUGCGCCGCAAAGUGGCGUUCGGCGCCAACGGCCACCGCACGCUCCGCAUGCGCUUCAUGUUCGACACGUACGUGCGCCCGCUCAUGCGUCUGCCGGACGGCGGCGGCGUCCUGUUGUCUACGCAGCGGCUCGCCACGUGGCUCCCGGGCGCGGGCGCGGUGCCAGUGGCGUUCCGCGUGCCGAAGGAGAAGCUCCCGCACUGCCUCGGCGUGUCCAGUUGCGUCGGCCGCCCGCCGGGGUCCGGCUCCAAGCGCGGCCGGGGGCCUGACGCAGGCCCCGACAGCGGGCGGAAGCUGCCGAAGACGGUAGUGCGGGACUACCGGGGCAUUGUCCGUGAGAGGACGGCGGGGGACUGA